UUAUGAGCACAUAUCCCAGGGUUCCUUCUGUGUGGUUGUCUGUCUGCCUGCUAUUCUGUCUGUUAGUCUGACGGCAGUGAUUAUUUCCUCAUAAAAGGCGACUCACAAAGGUCUCGGCCAUGCCUCCCCUCCCUAUCCCCCUCUUCCUGACACUGCUACAGCUUCUAGUACUUACUUAUGUGAGCGGUGGGGCAUACUAUGGACACAAGCAACACCCUCAGCAAUACCAGCCGAUGCAGCACCUCCAACACAUGGGCAUGGGCAAAGAAGGCUUUCCCCAGCAGCAGUACCUUGGAAAAGAGGUGCCCUAUAUGCAGUAUCCCCAGUACAGGAAGGAGCUACCCCAGAUGCCCAUGCACAAGGGCAAAGAAAAUGCUCGUAAAGGGGGCGGCUAUAAUGGUGGCCAAGACAAAGGUCAGACAAUCCCUAGUGGCGCUGAGGGAAUUCCCCAAGGAGAGCCAGGACCAGCAGGGCCACCUGGGCCAGAGGGACCAUCAGGGCCUCCUGGACCUCCAGGUAAUGGACAGCCAGGACCUGCAGGACGACCCGGACCUCCUGGUCCACCAGGAGUGCCUGGAGUGGGUAAACCAGGUUUGUCAGGACAGCCAGGCAAGCCAGGGGGAAAUGGUGAGGCUGGACCACAAGGAGAAAUGGGCCCUAGAGGUGAAGAAGGGCCAUCUGGACAACCAGGGCCUCAUGGUCCCCCUGGACCACCUGGGCUACCAGGAAUAGGUAAACCAGGGGUACAGGGAUUACCAGGCCAACCAGGGCCUAAAGGAGAGCCAGGUCACAAAGGUCUGCCAGGACUUCCAGGAUUACCAGGACCCAAAGGAGACAAGGGGAUGGGCCAACCAGGACAACCUGGUCACAAAGGGCUCCCAGGGCUCCCAGGCCCUGCUGGCCCAAGAGGGCUGCCUGGUUUCGGAAAACCUGGGUUAAAUGGGGCACCAGGACCACAAGGACCACCAGGAGAGAAAGGACAUCCUGGAGAGCAAGGACCAGCUGGGCCACCUGGUGAAGGAGGACAACCUGGCCCACCAGGUGUACCUGGUCAAGGAAAACCAGGUCAAAAUGGCUUACCAGGACAGCCAGGCAUGCCAGGUGGGAAAGGUCAUCCAGGACCACCAGGUUUGCCAGGAAAGCCAGGACUGCCUGGAUUUGGUAAACCAGGACUCCCAGGACCAAAGGGAGACAAAGGUAUGAGUGGGCCACCAGGACCUCCAGGAACAAAAGGAGAUAAGGGCUAUGGAGGACUGCCUGGUAUGCUUGGACCUCCUGGACCAAAUGGUCUACCAGGUGCUCCAGGCCCUAUGGGACCCUCAGGAGGUUUAGGUGCACCUGGUCCUAAAGGAGACUGUGGAGAAGGAGGACCUAAAGGGCUUGAUGGAGCUCAGGGUGAGCCUGGUCCUUCUGGUAUGCCCGGUAAGGAUGGUCUGCCUGGAGAGCGUGGAGAACCAGGACCAAGAGGUCCACCAGGAACAAGUGGUCCCAAGGGAGAAGGUGGGCAUAAAGGUCUACCUGGUACCCCUGGCACUCCAGGCCUUCCUGGGCCAAAAGGACAAGGUGGGUUACCUGGUGAAGGGGGACCUCAAGGUCCUAAAGGAAUCCCUGGAAUGGACGGUGCAGCAGGACCAAUUGGGCCUCCUGGUCUUCCGGGGCAAAAAGGAGACAGUGGUCCACCUGGUUCACCAGGCAUUGCAGGUGAGGGGAUACCAGGUCUUAUUGGUCCCAUAGGACCCCCAGGAAAAGAUGGCUCCUCAGGACCCCCUGGACAACCAGGUCAGUCCGGCCCUCCUGGACCACCAGGCCCCCCAGGAGAACCUGGUCUUUCUCCCGACAUGGCUGGAGUCCUCUCUCAGAUGGGCCCUGGACUAGAUGGUGUUAAGGCUGGUAGUUAUGGUAAGAAGGGCAAGUAUGGAGGCAAUGGGGCAGAAGUAAUGGGUGCCAGUGGGUUGGAAAUGCCAGCAUUCACAGCUGUAGCAACAACUCCCUUUCCACCUGUGGACACUCCAGUUGUCUUUGACAAGCUGUUGUACAAUGGUCGCCAAAACUACAACCCUGAGACAGGAAUUUUCACCUGUGACAUGCCUGGAAUUUAUUACUUUGCCUACCACAUUCAUUGCAAAGGAGCUAAUGUGUGGGUGGCUUUGAUGAGGAACAAUGAGCCAGUGAUGUAUACAUAUGACGAAUACAAAAAGGGUUUCCUAGAUCAAGCAUCAGGAAGUGCAGUAUUACCUCUACAACCUGGGGACACUGUAUAUAUUCAGCUGCCCUCAGAUCAGGCAUCAGGACUUUAUGCUGGGCAGUAUGUGCACUCCUCCUUUUCCGGGUAUUUGUUAUAUCCGAUGUAAAACACAAACUCCAGGGAGAGAGAGGCUUCAGUGGGAACAAAAUGGGAGCAUAUUUCUGUACAAUAUAAAACAUAAUCAUAAACCAAUUUAGACUGAGCAGUCUUGUUAAUGUAAAGUCAACAGACUAUUGAUCUUGUCAGCAGAGAUGAGAGAACAAGAUAAAAUAUCUCGAGGAAAAUCUGAGGUAUAUGAUGGUAUGUAUAUACGGCAGCUUUUAUAGUGUAUAGCCUUAUAGCCAUGUAAUUGGGAGAGCAAAGAUGUUUUCUUUUACAGCUUUGAAGGUAUAAAAGAAUGUAUAAAAAGGAAUUCAAGAAAGGCAUUCAAGAACAACCAAAGAUGGCUGUAGAUGUAUUUUCAUACAGAAGAUUGCAAAAAGAAACGUAAGAGUGUGAAAACAUGUUAAAGGAACAAGUGAAGUGUAUGUAAAAGAAAACAAACAAUUUUGGUUACACUGUUGCAACAGUGUCAAACUUUGUCCCUUCACCUCUUCAAAACUGGCAGCUAGCCUACCCCAUGUAGGGUGAAGAAUGUGAAAUACAGUAGAACGUUCAUUUUGGGAGGACAUUUAUAUUUUCGCAUGCAUACCUUUAUAUAAGUACAGUUUUUGUCUCUCUGUUGAUGAUGGCAAGGAUGUAAAAUGACUUCUUGAGAAUGAAAUGCAUUACAGCAGUACAUGUUUUAGAGGUAAAUGCACUUCUGGUCGUGUAACCUGCAGACGACAUUGAUUUUUGGGAAAUGGUUAAUUGUAUACAAUCUAAUUCAGAUUUUCAAUGUAUAAAUCUCUCAAUCAUCCCUACUGAAGAAGAAAAUGCUAAAUACAGUGUGGGAUUAACCUAAAUUACUUUUACUUCAGGUGUCUGAAGUACAUAUUCUAGGGACAACUUUUAAUGGCAAUGUGCUCACUUAUAGCAUAGCACAAGAAAGGUUAGAUGGUCAAAAUCAAAUAAUCUCAUGCAUGAUAUAUGUUGAUGACUGACAAUUGCUCCCGUGAGUGAGAUUUGAAGAGUAAGAAUGUAAUAUGAAUUUAAUGUUUUAAUGUUUGCAUAUAGGUCUAUGGGUGUAGUGCUGUACAGAAAACAUUUUUUUGUGCAAAAAUGCAAAGGUCAAACAAACACGCCAUAUUACCCUGAACUAUGAAAACCACUCCAUACACUAUGUUAAACAUUACAGCACAAUAUACAGCAAAGUCCACACUAUACAGCAUUACGCAGGUAUAAGUGAUAAAUGGUAAAUAUCAGAAAGCAAACAGAUGUAACUACAAUAUAACACUCAACAGAGAUUAAGCAGUGUUGAUCUCAAGACUCUAAAUUUGAUUACUUUAAUUUAAAAGCAAAUCAAAAUCAUUUUAGUAAUAAGUUAAUAUAAAAUAUAUCCUUACUUACUGUUUUUAAUUUAAAAUUCAACCAAUUAUAUUGUGUAACUGUUUUGUAAGCCUAAUCCAUUUUUAGUUGGAAUGGCAGUAUAAUUAUACAUAAAAAGGUGUCAUAUUUGGAAAACACAAUUAUGGAUUGCUGUUUUGAAACACUUACAGCAGACUUGUUAUGAAGUCCCACUGGUGUGUUUAUUUGUUUAAAUGAGAACACCAAAUUAAGUUCCACAGCAUCCUUGGUGUGAUACAUUUAGUGUGUCCUGCUGUCACGUUUAUGGGGAGUACAAAAUACAUUUGUAUUGUCUUGAAAGUCACAGCAAUUUUAUAACAACAGUUCUGUCAAUAAUUUAUUAUUUUAUCUGCUGGUCCAGUACAUGCAGUGACAAGGACAUACAGCAUGACAACCUUUUAAAGGAAAAUAAAUGUAUAUUUCUCCUUUUAACCAUGGUGCUAUUAUUGUCGUUGUAACCAAAGAUUUGAUCUUAAUGUUUGUUAUUGUCCAUGUUGUUUUUUUCUAAAUAAAACUGUUUAAUUAAAAAAAC